GUAAUGGAAAAAAGUGGAGCUGACCAUGACAUUGGUAUGGAAGGAUCUAAUGAUUUGUUCAUAGACAGCUGUAAUAGUACAGGAGAGUCAGAAACAGCAAACAUUUUUUUCAGAAAGCAUUUAACCUGCAUGGAUUCCAGGGAUCCAUUGUUUGGACAGAGUGACUCUCCUGCAGCCUUGCCCACUGGAUGCCUCGCAGGCAGUUCUCAAUCAUCAGCUGCACCCACACAGCCACCCCAGCCACAUCCUCAAUCUGCGGAGGAAUUUCACCUGGUAGACCAGACCGGGCAGCCUCUCUAUGAGCUGCAGCCUCUGGGAGGACCCAGUGCUGUGAUGAUUGUUGCCAGCCAGUCAGAAAAUGGGCAGGUGCUGCAUGUCAUUCCUUCUGCCCAGCCAGGAAUGGCUCAAAUGAUUAUUCCUCAAGGUCAGCUUCUGGAUGUGACCAGCUCACAGGAUGUUUCGGAAGAGAAGCGUGGUGAUGGGAACUUGCAGACUGUGGCGGUGGCUGCUAUUACAGACGGUGGAAGCAGUUACAUUCUGCAUCCACAGGCAUCGCUCACCAUGUCGAACAAAACAACCACCAGGGUAGUAGAAGAUCACUUUCCCAUCCCUCUUCAGCCACUGCCACCAAAUACGCCUGCUUGGGCACGCCGUCUUAGGAACUGUGAGAAAAUUGGGGACUCAUACCGUGGCUAUUGUGUGAGCGAGACAGAAUUAGAGAGCAUUCUAACGCUACACAAGCAGCAAACACAAAGUGUGUGGGGGACGCGCCAGUCUCCAAGCCCAGCCAAACCUGCCACACGGUUGAUGUGGAAGUCUCAGUAUGUCCCAUAUGAUGGUAUCCCCUUUGUCAAUGCAGGAAGCAGAGCCAUUGUAAUGGAGUGCCAAUAUGGGCCAAGGAGGAAAGGGUUCCAGUCCAAGAAAGCUGUUGAACAAGAUAUCUCCUCUGGCCAUGUGUACAAAGCCACUUGUCCAGCAAGGAUUUAUAUUAAAAAGGUUCGAAAGUUUCUGGAAUACAGGGUUCCUACUGACCCUAAAAUUGACAAGAAAAUCGUAAGAAUGGAGCAGGAGAAAGCAUUCAACAUGCUGAAGAAGAACUUGAUAGAUGCUGGAGGUAUCCUCAGGUGGUAUGUACAGUUACCCACUCAGAAUGCUCACCAAUAUCAUGAAAUGGAAACUUCCUGCCUCCCUUCUUCCCCCUCCCAUUUUUCUCUGUCUCCUCAUGAGGAGGAGGAGGAAGUUGUUAGAGAUGAGAACUGUGCUCUGCCUUCCCGACUCCAUCCUCAAGUGGCAGAAAAGAUCCGGGAAUUGGUGUCUCAAGGAAUAGACCAGGUUUAUGCAGUAAGGAAGCAACUAAGAAAGUAUGUGGAAAGAGAAUUAUUCAAGCCUGACGAAGUGCCAGAAAGACAUAACCUGUCCUUCUUCCCCACUGUGAAUGACAUCAAGAACCACAUUCAUGAAGUGCAGAAGUCCCUGAGGAAUGGCGAGAUGGUGUACAACUCAGAAAGUAUCCCAGCAACGCUGCAGUGGACUACAGACAGUGGGAAUGUUCUCACAGAAACAGUGACUGUUACAUUUGCCUCACCACCUUCAGAUGGAAGCUCAGCAGGGGAGUCAGCAAUCACCAAAGCAGAAUCCAACCAGAGAGGGGAGUCCUUGCUACCAGAAACAGCUCAGCUGUUGCCUUCACUGUCUUCACUUCAGCCCAAGAUAUUUGCACAACUUCAGGGAUUACAGCUUCAGUCAACUUCUACCUCCACAAAUGGAUCAACAGCCCUUACUGUAAAUAGCAAUUCCCCUCCCAGCCCUGCAAGUCAGGAUUCCCGAGGGAGUGCAAUAACCAGCCAUUCCCUAGUACUUAGUCAGGGACACAGUUUGCAAGCAAGUGCUGACCUAACACAGUGUAGUGCUGCUACCUCUGCUUCUGGGACGCCACCUGACUCUGAUCAGAGUCUGGUCACCAUGGGCCAGCUGGUAACAGUUGGAGGGGGAGAUGACUCCAGAAGCUUAGAAGGAGUCCAUCAGAUUCUCUUGGGAGAUGUACAGACUAUUCCAGUACGGAUUGUGAACAGCCAUCCAGAUCUCACUGAAGAAAAUACACAGGGUGUUAUCUGUGUGAGCCAAGUUAAACAAGAACCAAGAGAAAAAGCAUUGUUUGUGGAGCCAGAUAAAAUGAGAGACUGCCAUAGUUCCUCACCUAUUUAA